UGCAACCCAAAUCUAUCCGAGCUUGCAUUCUUUGUUCUUUGUCUAUGUAAUUCAAAUCUCACUUGCCAUGAAUCAAACACUACAGAGGAGGAAUUUAUGAGAAAAUAGAGAAUUGGAAAAAUAAAAUUCAUAAAAUGCCCUUUUGCUUAAGUUGGAAGCAUGAAUACUGAAUCUAAUAAAUGGAUUUUUCACAAUAUACAAAUCUUUUGAUCAGGGAUUUGAGUGACGCGGCGUCCACCGAUUGAGAUUGCAGGAGAUCCGAACUCAGGUCAGGAAUUAGAAACAAUCCUGAGGAAGAGAGAGAAAGAGAAAGAAUGGGAAAGAGAAGGAUUAUCAUAGAGAAGAUUGAGAGAAAUGAACGGAGGCAGGUAACCUUCUGCAAGAGGCGGAAGGGCCUCUUCCAGAAGGCAGCAGAUUUGUGCCUGCUUUGCGAUGUAAAGGUGGCCGUCGUUGUUUUUUCACCGGCCGGAAGACCUUAUAUCUUUGGCCACCCUUCCGUUGACGCCAUUCUCGAUCUCUACCUCACCGGCAAGAAUCUUGUCCCCGAUGCUCAUGCCAAUGCCAAACUUUCUCAACUGUGCAAUGAGAUCAGGACGCUGCAGUGCGAGCUCCGAAACGAGCAGGCACGAUGGAAACUCAAUUGCGCUUGUGCAGAGAACGAUACUGCCACUAGGGGAGGAGAGAGUACUCUGCGAUAUUGGUGGGACUCUAUUGAUCUUGAACACUGCGACGAUUUACUGUCCCUAAGGAACAGUCUGGAGAAACUCAAGAAGAAUGUUCUGAAGCGAGCAGAGGAACUUUCUCUCAAGGCUGUUGGUGCAGAUAUCGGUUCUACUUCUUCUUCUUCUUCUGUCGGUUACGGCAACGAUGAUGAGCACAGUAUCCAGAAAAUCGAGGCAUCGCACGACAAUUUCAAGCAUCUACCACUGCAUCUUGAUGGCGGUGGCGUCACUCAUCAGAUUGUCACGGAUGUGAUAAAAGACGACGUCAAGGCUUGUUUGUGCGGCGGUGGUAGAGCGGAAGAAGAUGGCGGAGAUUAAUCGUGGGAGUGGAAUGAUGAGUUAACGGAGUUUCUUGGGAUCGAUCAACCUCGUGCUCUUGGUUUUUAAUUUUUUUAAGAUGCUUCACACAUUAGGUUUUCUUUUUGAAUUCUGAUAGAUG